AAGUGAAAAGCCCUUAAUCAGCCUGGGCAUCACCAUCACCUGUAAGACUGUGUGUUUGUGGACAGCGUGGCUUGUAUCGUGAGUCGUAGUGUAGGACCUACAAGCAAAAAUGCCUUCUCCAAUACCCGUGACUCGCCUGCUGCCGAAAGACUUUUAUCCGUCUCUCAGCAUCGGAGUUUGCAGUAGUCCACUGACCAAAUACGCAAAUGCUACGACAUUGAACGUGCCUGCUCAAAGGCUCCACGGGAAGGUGGCGAGCAAGCUGUGGUCGUCGGUGAUUCAUUGGAAAGAGCUGCAGGCGAUGCAGCAGAUAGGCUCCGGAGGGUUCGGUUCGGUGUACAAGGCGACGUACUUCGGGGACACAAUCGCGGUUAAGAAAGUGAAAAAGUGCUCAAAGAAUAAGUUGGCUUCCAGACAAAGCUUUUGGGCAGAACUAAACGCCGCACAUCUUCGGCAUAAAAAUGUGGUGCACGUGAUCGCAGCGACGACGUGUGUCCCCGCCAACUCGGAGAACGAGAACAACAUUGGCACGAUACUGAUGGAGUACGUUGGCAGCCGAAAUCUCCACCACAUCAUCUAUGGCUCUGCAGACGCUCUUGGGAAGGACACUUGUCUCAGGUACUCCGCAGAUAUCGUCCAAGGCCUCCGCUUCUUGCAUUCCCACGGCAUUGUCCAUUUAGACAUCAAACCGGCAAACGUGUUGGUUUCAAACGGGGACAUCUGCAAAAUCGUCGAUUUUGGCAGUUCGGUUCAAGUGGACCGUGCAUGUGAGGCAGGCUCCGUCACGCCCUGUUUGCAAAACGUCGGGGGCACCUAUACCCACCGAGCACCCGAGCUGCUCAAAGGAGAGAGCAUCACCCCAAAAGCCGACAUCUUCUCGUUCGGGAUCACGUUGUGGCAGCUGAUCACCAGGGAGCAGCCAUACCCAGGGGACAGGGAACACGUUUUGUAUGCGGUCGUGGCUUAUAAUCUGCGGCCGCCUUUGGAAGACGAGCCGUUGCUCCGACCGACCCAGGGGGUGCAUGCUCUAAGCUGCCGGACGCUGGUGUGUCGCUGCUGGAGCGGUGAGGCAGCUUCCAGGCCCACGGCCGAGGAGGUCCUGGUGGCUCUGGAGGAGCUGCGGUCCAGACCCUGACUGGCCGGGGUUCUAAUGGCAGGUGCAUUUGUUUCGAUGAAAAUGUUUAUUUUCUAAAAUGGUACUUUCUUUAAUUUUUAGUCUUUCCCAACUAUUUCAAUUGUGUCCCCUCGCACCCUUUAAAACUAAAAGAGCGCUAUUAACUAGUAUGUUUUUGUUAUCGUGAAAAUAUCAAUUUAUUUUUUAUACAAAUGUCUGUUUUAAUUAUAUUGUUUAAGGAUUUCAUCUGAAUGUUGUAUUGUAUGGAUGAUGUGAUCAUGACAUUUUAAUGUGUUGGGAAUUUAUUAAAUUUUUGUCUUUAUAUUGUCUUGAAUAUUGUCUAUUUCAGGAUAUCUAAAUGUCAAACCUCUCCUGAAGGAAAUAUGACAACAAAAUGCAGGUUGGCUAAUGAAUCAAAAUAAGUGUUCCUACUUCACUCUAUUAUGGGAUUAUUUAUAUCCAUCAUAUGAUUAUGGCUGUCAAAGAAUAGCCUUGUUUGUUGCUAUAUAUUCGGCUCAAUCAACACAAGUCACCGUGGCCUCCAUAGACUAUCCUUAGAACACACCAGCUGUUGGCAAGCGAUGUUCCCCUCGGCUCAUUUGCAGCCAUCACAAGAAAUGUUCCAAAGCUAGGAGCCAUGUCCUUAAAGCCAGGCAGUCUUGAAACUGCUUCAUGGGAUGUAAAUAAAGGGCAGAAACUUGCUCUGGUCUAAUAGUGACAGGCUAGUGUGGAGUUAUUACCCUUGUGAAGUCACAAGGGUAACUUUUUUUAUUAAAAGUUUUGUGGUGGAUAUCUGAUUUAACAUGUAAUAAUUUGCAUGAAUCAAUACUUAAAAUUAAGAAUUGUUUAGGGGAAGAUGUGUUGUAUUUGAAUACACAUGCACUACCAACAAUAGUGACUUUCAUACAACAGACUAACGGCCCUAAAUGGACACAUACAAAGACACACAGCGAUACACAGCAAGAACAUCAGAAAAACAGCCCUUUUCGGAUCCUUCUUUUAGUCUUUAUUGAACUUUCAUUACAUUGUGUAAAACACAGGAGUUGAAGACUGCAGCUCUUCUUUCACUCAUAGCAGCAAAGUGUGAAGACCAAAUCCUGUUAUUCUGCCAGACAAUAAAUAAUCUGUU